CGUAGGAGUGAUGAAUGACGCAACAGACGUCGCAUAAAUCCCGGCCCCGCCGAGCCGGAGCCCUCAGAGGCGACUGGCUUUGUGUGUAGACUCUGUGCUGGUGUGGAAGUGACGCGACGUGAUUGAAUUUGCAGUAUUUUCGCGUUCGUUGACAGGUCAAAAUGCAGAUCUUCGUGAAGACCUUGACGGGCAAGACCAUCACCCUGGAGGUGGAGCCCAGUGACACCAUCGAGAACGUGAAGGCCAAGAUCCAGGAUAAGGAAGGCAUCCCCCCUGACCAGCAGAGGCUCAUCUUCGCAGGCAAGCAGCUGGAAGAUGGCCGCACUCUUUCCGAUUACAACAUCCAGAAGGAGUCGACCCUGCAUCUGGUCCUGCGUCUGAGGGGUGGUAUGCAGAUCUUCGUGAAGACCCUGACCGGCAAGACCAUCACCCUGGAGGUGGAGCCCAGCGACACCAUCGAGAACGUGAAGGCCAAGAUCCAGGAUAAGGAAGGCAUCCCUCCUGACCAGCAGAGGCUCAUCUUCGCAGGCAAGCAGCUGGAAGAUGGCCGCACUCUUUCUGAUUACAACAUCCAGAAGGAGUCGACCCUGCAUCUGGUCCUCCGUCUGAGGGGUGGCUGUUAAUUCUUCAGUCCUGCAUCCAUAUCGCCCAGUGAUGGCAUUACUCUGCACUCUAGCCAUUUGCCCCAAUUUAAGUUUAGAAAUUGCCGGUUUCAGUAAUAACUGAACCUGUUCAAAAUGUUAAUAAAGGUUUUGUUGCAUGGUA